ACCUGAGUUACUGCUAUGGCCUGUCUGUGGUUCAAAGUUUCUCAAGAUAGGUGUCGGGGAAUUUGAAGUGAAGGGACAAGAUGUUACUGGUUGUGGUUUUACAGUUUUCCGUUUUAGCGUUUAUAACGGGUGCUAGUAAUAUUUCAAAUGGUCCAAAAGCUGUAGUUUUUAUCCACGGAAUUUUUGGUUAUCAAAAAGAUGGCAUGGAAAUUCAGCAAUGGGUUGAACAGGUCCACCCUGACACGCCGUUCUACUCCAUAGCGUUGUACGAAGGAUCGUCCAGUCUGGCCCCUCUGUGGAAACAGGUUGACGCAAUAAGUAAGGAGGUGAUCAGCAUCAUGAACAAUCACACCAACGGCAUCCAUCUUAUCUGUUACUCUCAGGGAGGCCUAAUCUGUCGAGGAAUUUUGUCGAGAACCCAGCAUAACGUUGACACUUUCAUCGCCUUAAGUUCUCCACUAGCCGGACAGUAUGGAGAUACAAAGUAUAUGAAACACCUUUUUCCAAAUUUAUUGAAAUCGGAGGCGUACAGAGUGUUUUAUACAAAAGAAGGCCAAAAACUGUCAAUAGGAAACUACUGGAAAGAUCCUCACCAACUGGAGAAGUACACAAAAUAUUGUAAUUUUCUGGCAUCCUUAAACAACGAUACCUAUACGUCCGAAAUGAACGAAUACAAGCAAAAUUUCUUAAGACUCAAUAGACUAAUUCUGAUUGGUGGGCCUGACGAUGGUGUCAUUACUCCAUGGGAAUCAAGUCAUUUUGCAUUUUACGACUCUCAAGAGAAAGUUGUUGAACUGGAGCAACAAAGGUACUUUCUGGAUGAUUCGUUCGGUUUACAGACGUUAUUCAACCAGAAGAAGAUCAAGACGUACACCAUUUCUGGAGUGGCGCACAAUGAAUGGCCCAAUAAUCGAACAGUGUUCAGCAGCGCCAUACUUCCGUGGCUGAUAUAAAUAUAAUUCUGACAGAUUUGAAUGUUAUGUUAGUGUAUCAUUAACUUGUCAAAGAGAAAGUGGGGGGGGGGGGCUACAUUUGUAAUGCCAUUUGUUGCCUUCUGCGAACAACCAUAAACGCAUACGAAAUCAGUGACAAGUGUCAUGUGGUUUUGCUUUUUUGAUCUCAAAUUCCUAGAAAAAAAGUCUAAUGCGUCAAUAUAUUUGACUUUUUUUUAGUUAACUUUGUUUGAUUUAAGGUUCACAGAUACACCACAUGUAAAAGUUACUAGACAGCACAUGCAAUCAAUGCAAGAUUUUAUCAUGUACAUCAAAAGGACUGGUUCCUCUCCUCUAUAAACGAACAGUUGUCAUUGCAAAGAAAGUAUUAGAAAUUGAAUUUACAUAUAAUGUGAAAUUGUAAACAGCAGAAAAAAUGCUGUGGCGCAGUUCUAAUAAACCUAAAUGUAAAA